GCUGUCAAAAGAGUUUUGUUUACGAAUAUUUUAAUCAAACAAUGGAGCCUAACAAAACUGUGCAAUUUGUUUACAAUUUCCAGAAUUACGAUGGUCAGCCAUCAAGAAUUGAAUAUCCCAUCACUUUGCCGUACCGCGGCGAUAUCCGUGAAUUAUCGUACGAAGUGGUUGCCAAACAAAUGGAUCCAAUUAUGAAAAUGUUAGAUGCACAUGAAGAAUUGUACAAACAUCUGAGAAUAUUCGUCGAUAAGGAGAACCAGGACUUCUUUUGUAAUCGUGAUGAAGAUUUGCUGAACAAGGCGAGAAAUGGCCAAACUGAUAUUGACCAAUUAAUACGAGAAGCGGAGAAGCACUACAAAGAGGAGGUCAUUGAGUAUGCGGAAAAAAUUGGUCCAACCGAUGAAGAUAUUUUUGCACAGUCAUUCCACAGAUUAGUCCACUCGCCUCUGCUACCGGAAAUUUUAAUUAAAGAAAAAGCUUACGCAAAGACCAUCUCUGAGAUGAUUGUACGGAUGGAUAAAGAGAUUGCAAGCCUUAAUGACCGCCAGGCAGUGGAAAUGGAAAAUAAAAUUGAACAACUGGAUGUGUCCACAACAUCUGAAGACAUCAACAAUCUGCUCUCUCAACAAUAUUCGACACAAAAUAUGAUCCGCCAGCGAUGGGAAUCCGAAUUGGAGGCUCGUAAAGGCCACCAGAAAAACGAAUACAAAAACUGGAUCAUUGGUCAGGUGGGCGAAACACUGUGCUCGUCAUCGACGUUGACCGCCGUUGGUAAUCGCUCAUCCAUGUUUGUGUCAAUGCAGACGCCAUCGAUGGAAGAAAGUUUUACGAUUCAUUUGGGAUCACAGCUGAAACACAUGCACAAUAUACGAAUCCUUAGCGCCGACAUCAACGAUCUCUGCAGUCCGUUGCAUUCAGGCGACGAAAGUAUUACUGGACUGAAUAUGGCACUCGGUCUCUACUCGUCCUCGCUGUGUGGAAUCGUUGUCCUAACGCCGUCUGGGAGCGUACAAGCUAAUUCGAAAAUCAUCAAAAAUUUCCAAAUGUCAACUGAAUUUCAUUUCGAUGAGAUCAACGCCCAAAUUGAUAAAAUCCAAACCGAACUGUCCAAAUCGACGGGAUCACCAUCCAAACAUGCUGGCAAAUUGAAAUCGGGCGACUUUUUCAUCACACGCCACUCAAAUCUCUCGCAGACCCACAUCAUAUUCCAUUUGAUAUCCGACGAACCAUUCAACAGUCCCGACGAAAUCAAUUCUCGCCAUCCGGUGAUAUUGGGACUGCGCAACAUUCUGAAAACGGCCAGCAAACAUGACGUCACAGUGCUAACGAUUCCGGCGCUGCUACGACACGAAAUGUCUGAAGAUAUGACGGUGCCGUGGUGCAUACGACGUGCUGAAUUGGUGUUCAAGUGUGCCAAGGGAUUUAUGAUUGAGAGUGCUACGUGGGGCGGAGCGGAGCUGAGUACGUUGCAGUUGCUGUUGCCACGUGAUAUUUCCGAAGACUUAUUCAAUACGUUAGUGAGUAUGGUGCCGCAUGUAUUUCGAGUGGCAAAUCCGAAAAUUUUCCAGGACAGUGCGAAUGACAGUGGCAUGCCAUGACACCAGUGAUUUUAGUAA